AUGUCAGGUCCAGAUGUUUGGGUUGGUUCUUGGAGGCCCCACAAGCCCAGAGGUCCCAUUGCUGCCCUGUACAGCAGCCCCGGGCCAAAAUACUCCCUGCCGGGGCUGAUAGGUAUGAGCAACCAUGACCCGAGAAAACUGAAAGCUCCAGUGUUCAGUUUUGGUACACGCCAUAGCCAGUCCAGGUCUGACUGUUCCCCUGGACCGAAAUACCUAGUUCCUUCCAAGAUGACCAAGGUGGGCCGAGACGGCACCCCUGCAUACUCGCUCUACAGCCGCACUAAGACCCCGCAGCUAUUCCAAGCCCCGGGACCAGGGCGGUACUCUCCGGAGCGGUCGGGAAAGUAUAUCUUCUACUCUGCCCCUGCAUAUUCUCUGUCAGGCAGGAGCAGAGAACUUGACAAUGACAAAACACCAGGUCCUGCUGCUUACAUGCUGCCUUCAGUGCUGGGGCCCAGAACUGUGAACACAACGGCGGCUCCCAACUAUUCCCUUUAUGGGCGCAGCAAGAUCGGUAGCUUCCAUGAGGACCUGCAGAAGACCCCCGGCCCUGGGACGUAUAAGGCAGUGGACCCGGCCAUCUACAAAUACAAGCCUCCGCAGUACAGCAUGACAGGGCGCAACAUCAUGUCAGGGGACACCAUGAAGAAACCUGGGCCCGGAGCACACUACCCUGAGCAAGUGACUUUCACAAGAGUCAGAGCUCCAAGCUUCUCCUUUGGACUGCGCCAUUCCCAAUACAUUGCACCUCUGAUUGUGGAUUCGGCUGAAUAA